UUAUCGAUAUAUGUGCAAAUUGGUUUUCGCAAUCAACUUACUCCGAUGGAUAAAAGCAACAACAAUAAAAUAAUUGUAAACAAAUAAAAAGCGAAAUACUUUGACGAAUUAGCAUCAAUUUAAUAAUGUUUGUGUGUUAAAUAGAACUACAAAAGUUGCAGCAUUGAAUUGCAGCUCGAGUAUACGGCAGAAAAUUGAACAGCCAGCUGACAACGACACAACAACACCUGCUGGUAACUUAUCGCAGUCGCAGAGCCUCAACCCUAAGUACACACAAUAAAGUGAAGUGAAGUGAGCAAUUGAAGCGACCCGACGUAUUUUCUAUAUACAUAAGGCAAACAGGCGAAUUCGUGGAUAAACCUGUGCAGUGUACAAAAUAACAAGAACAGCGACGCAGCAACGAAGCUUACGUAAUAACAAAUAUUCCAGACCCAAAUUGAAAAUUGAAUACAAAAUGCCACAGGAAUUAUCUCUUAUCGAUGUAGACAAACCAUUGUUUGAUCUGAAGACGUUUACGGGUCGCUUUCAGUACUAUGCAUGGAUGACGGAUCCGCGUACGGUGCUGCUCUCCAGCGAUCGUUUGCUGCAGGCUAAGCAAAUGGUGGACAAGUAUCGCAAGGGAGAGCAAUCCACAGAGCUAAAGCCCCAAGAUGUUCACUACAAUAUGAAGCUGUAUAACUCUGCAUUUCAUCCGGAUACGGGCGAGCUGCAGAACUUUGCGGGUCGCAUGAGUUUUCAGGUGCCUGGGGGCAUGCUGAUUACUGGUGGCAUGCUUGCCUUCUACCGCACGGUUCCCGCCGUGGUGCUCUGGCAGUUCCUCAAUCAAUCCUUCAACGCGAUCGUUAACUAUACAAAUCGAAAUGCCAAUUCUCCCACCAGUGUUAAGCAGCUGGCCGUAUCCUAUGUAUCUGCCACCACCUCAGCAUUAAUCGCAGCCAUUGGUUGCAAGAAUUAUUGGUCCAAAAAGGCAACACCGAUCUUGCAGCGAUAUGUGCCUUUUGCGGCUGUCGCGGCAGCGAACUGUGUCAACAUUCCCAUGAUGCGUCAGAACGAGAUACUCCAUGGCAUUGAGGUGAAGAACGCCGAUGGUGAGGUCGUGGGUCAGAGUCGUCUGGCUGCCAUCAAAGGUAUUAGUGAGGUGGUCCUCUCAAGAAUUACAAUGGCAGCACCUGGAAUGCUAGUUCUGCCUGUCAUUAUGGAGCGACUGGAGAAGCUGCCUGCCUAUAAGCGCAUCAAAUGGAUCAAUGCACCAUUUCAAACCCUCAUGGUGGGAUGCUUCCUUUGCUUCAUGGUGCCUACGGCCUGUGCCAUUUUUCCACAACAAUGCGGUCUGGAUACCUCAACAAUACGAACUUUUGAGCCGGAACUCUACGAGGACAUGGUGAAGCGCACUAACGGUGCUGUGCCCAAGCGUGUAUACUUUAACAAAGGACUAUAAGGAGACAUGUAAUCGUCGAUUUUAAUCUUAGACAAUAAUGUGUUAAUUGUUGCUUGUCGUCAUUUAGGCAUUUACAGAAACGCUUAACGUUUUCCUUUUGUUCCUUAACAAGUCUCAAUAGUCGUUACUUAUUAAGUCAAAAAGUAUAUCAUAAUUUCUAUUUCCCACAGUUUAUACAGUUUGUAUUGUAUUUGUAUUUAGAUUUUGUUUUAUUUUCACUAGUUGCAUAGGCCUGUACCUAAAAUGAAAUAACUAGCAAUAUUGAUUACAAAUCUAAAGACACUUGUCAAUCAAAUAAUUAUUAACAAGUUUUUGUUAAUUGAACCUAAUUUACAACAUUAAAGCUGUAAUGAAAUGUUAUUUAUGUACACUACUUAAGUUCAACUGUCUGACAAAGUUUAAUUGAAAUAUGAACGUGUUAAUUAUUAAGUAAUACUAUAAGUAGAAAGUACUGGAGAUUAUCAGGUCUGUUAAGCUGGUGAAAUUUCAUCCGAUAAAGUGAAAUUAGAGAACAGAACUGUACAGUCGUAUGUAAUACUCAUUUCAAAUAUUCAGAUUUCGAUUGAAAUUUUAUCACUAGAUGUAUCAGACUCAAUUGCAUAGAUUUAAAAUGUUGCUUUAAAAAUUCUUCAACAUAUUUGACACUGUAGGCAUAUUCAAUUUAUUGUUCGUAUGUACAUGUCUUAUGCUUACGGCAUUAAUGUGGAGAUAAAGAAACAUUUUAAUGUAGUUUCUUUUAGGCAGCUUUUUAUUUAGGUGCAGGCUUAUCAUAUCCGUCACAGUUUCCCUCGCCAUAACUUCAACACGUUGUUUAUGUUUUUAAGAUAUUGAUUGUAUCGUAUUGUCUGAAAAUAAAUGUUGCAAAUUCUGCCAUCAAGAGAUUAAAACCCGA